GAGCUAUAUAUAGUCAUAUAUUCUUCACAAGAUAAAAUAAGGCUAAUAUUCAUAUCAAUUAAUCGAAGUAUACUGCGUUGUCACGACUCAAAGCUGUGUGCUCUUCCGUUUCCGUCUGUGAAACCCUAAUCUCAGAUAACAUAGCUUGUGUUUAUAGUUCGGAUGGCAUCUGGGUCUAGCCAACCCCAGUUUCGGUACACACAGCCACCAUCAAAGGUCCUCCAUUUGAGAAACUUACCAUGGGAGUGCACAGAGGAGGAGCUGAUCGAAUUGGGGAAGCCAUUUGGUAAAGUCGUUAAUACCAAAUGUAAUGUUGGAGCGAACCGGAAUCAGGCAUUUAUAGAGUUAGCAGAAUUAAAUCAAGCUAUUGCAAUGAUAUCGUACUACGCCUCUUCCUCAGAACCGGCUCAGGUACGAGGGAAAACCGUCUACCUACAAUAUUCCAACAGGCAAGAGAUAGUGAACAACAAAACUACAGCAGAUGUAGCUGGAAAUGUGUUGUUGGUUACAAUUGAGGGGAAUGAUGCCCGCCUUGUCAGUAUUGAUGUUUUACAUUUGGUGUUUUCAGCUUUUGGAUUUGUGCACAAGAUCACAACAUUUGAGAAGACUGCUGGAUUCCAGGCUCUGGUGCAAUUUUCUGAUGCAGAAACCGCUACUUCAGCAAAGGAUGCCCUGGAUGGAAGAAGCAUUCCCAGUUACUUGAUUCCAGAACUUGGACCAUGUACACUUAAAAUCACAUAUUCUGCUCAUACGGAUCUGAGCGUGAAGUUUCAGAGUCAUCGUAGCAGGGACUACACCAAUCCUCNGGGA